AUGGUAUCAGAGCGCCAGUGCAUUGAAGCAGCUCCUAGUGUGGAUACUAUGCAUCCACCUCCCUCCAUCAUGGAAAACACACAUCAUUCAGCACAAGAAUUGGUAAUGACAGAACAUGCUCAGUCAUUCAGCUGUCAAAUUUGUACCAAUGUGCUGUUACCCGACCGAAAAUUCGUGAACCAAAUUUUUUGUUCCCAUCCUUUCUGUGUCAAUUGUAUCAUAAAGUACAUCACCCUCAACCUUGAGAACAUAUUCCGUGUCCCUGCCUGGAUAGCGACUAGCAAGCUUGCUAAAAGCCACGUCGUUUUCCUUUUAGACCCCAUAUCCUCUCGGGAUCUUGUGGGUCCAGAGCUAUUUGUGAAAUGGGGAGAUGUGCUAUGUCGGUCCUCUGUUUCAGUGUUUCCGCAUUGUUACCGUCCAAAUCAGAAAUGUGGGGCAUUGGUUCUGGACACUUGUGGGGAAAAGCUAAGCGCUCAAUAUGUUCCAGUUGUAAGAAAAGUUUUUGCUUUCGCUGCAUGA